GCACGAAAGAAAAAGCGCACUUAUUAGGCUCUCACACAGAUAUAUGUGCAAUGCACACAUAAAAAGUUAUAGAUUGAUGACAUUGUAAAUUAUAAUUAUUGUACCCUCAAGUUUCUUCCGAGGUGUUUCAAGAAUGGCAUAUCUCGAAAGAGCCUCUCCAACGUUGAAAGAAACACUCCUCAAGAUAUACCGUGCUGAAAAACCUAUUGAGGUCGAUCAACAUUUCCAUGAGUUUGGUUCGAUUGAAUACCAUAUCAAGUACUCGGUUUCGGAUCCAAAUAUUGUGCAUGUAUCGACGUCGACGUUGCUUGAGACACAAGGAGCAGUGACAUUGAAGGAGAUUUCAAGUUACACUUAUGAGGUGAUUAAGAAUAUUGGAGUUGGUGUGAUUGACAUCGUUGAUCCACCAAGAUUAGGGUUUCAAUUGACCCUUGGCCUAAACCUUGAUAAUAUACCACGUGGCAAAGAAGCGAUUAAAAUCAUUACAAGGAUUUCUGAACUACAAGCGAUAAUAUUAAGUAGCCAACUAAAAGAGAUGCUGAGAAGUUUAAAUUUUCAAGAUGAUUCACGAUCGAUCAACAACAUGCCCAUCAGGAUUGUUUAUCACCCAAGUGAACCUUUCUACGUCUUUAAACAGCCGGAAAAAAUCACGGCCGUGUUUCCGAUGAAUUUUAAAGACAAUUCGGAUGUGGUCAUCGCCACGUCAUUCUUCCAGGAACUAGUUGAAGUGGGAAGCCAAAAGGAUAUGGGAAAAGCCCCACAAUGUAGUUGGUCGCCAAUUCCUCCUCUCCAACUUAGAGGAGAACCGGUUCAAGACUUGACCACCAAUUCUGGUUUUGUAUCAUUUGAUAUUACUUCACGGCACAUUGAAGGAAAGAGACUGGACAAAACGGUUUGGAACUUGCUAAAUUUCUACGCAUGCGCUAAGUACCAUAUUAAGUGCUCGAGAGGGUACAUACAGAGACGGAUGAGAAAAAGAAUGGAAACUUUAGUUAAGGUAUUUUUAUCAUAUAUUACGUACACACACGAAUCUACAACAAUAGUUGACAUUUCAUAAACAAAAUAACGUAUGUUUGUAAAUUUACAUUAUAUACGUAGCUGCUAAAUAACACAAGCCUAGAAGAAGAAGCUGCUCAAAAUGAAAACGGAAGAUGCAAAUACGUAAAGGAGUUUGUGAAGGUACCAAAAGGUAAAUUGAUGAUGAAACAAAGAUGCAAGGAGAUGACAAGGAGAGUGAAGAUAAGCAAGUUCCGGAUCAAAAUCAACGGUUGUGCUCGGUUUCGAUUCAAUCAGCGGUGGAUAUCUCUCCCCAAAUUCUCUUCGAAACCAUCAGAUAAAUCAUACACAAAAUUGGACUAAGUAAUCACUUAACUUGGAAAGUCUCAAGAAAGAGGCUCGGUGUUGUUGUUUUUUUUCUUUGUCAACAUGCUUUAAAAUUGAAUUCGGGGAGCAAUAUUAUACGUUAAUGAAUAUCUUGACAACAAAAAAAAACGUUAUCAGAUAAACUUAUGGAUAUAAUUUGGUAAACCAAAAAUAAACCUAAUCAAAAGUUGGCAUUGAAUGCAGCAUGUUACGUAAGAG